AUGAGAAAGGCCAACACCGUUGCAAAAGAUUACUGUAUCCAAGUGAAGAAGACUAUAAAAACAACUCGAUCUGGGAAAGAAGUCUCGACAUCGACUGCUAUAGUUACUGCAAAAAACGUUUCUCAAUUGGUUUCUCGGAUACUCGAAGAUCUGGCGAACAGUGGUAGACUAAAAGUGGAUGACCGUGGAAUUGUGCUGGGAUUUGGUGGCGACAAAGGCUUACACGAAAUUUCUUUCUGGAUGAUUUAG